AUGGGCAAGAUCACUGAAAAGCUACCAAAGCGGGUUCAUCCUCACGUUUAUCCAUACUAUUUGCGUGAAGAGUACGACCUUCCUCCAGUCUUCUACCUCGAUCUCGAACCUGUUGAUAGAUCCAUCCUGGUCAUCCUCGAUCCACAGUCAGCGGAGGAGGUGUCACAGAAUAGUAAUCUUCCCAAGCAUGAGCAGGUCAGAAACGUCCUCGAGCCGCUCAUGGGCCCGCAAAAUCUCCUCACAACCGAUGGAGCUCUAUGGAAGAAGUGGAGGACCAUUUUCAACCCGGGCUUCUCAGUACAGCAUCUGAUGACUCAGGUCACCACUAUUAUCGACUGCACUGAGGCUUUUAUAAAGAAUCUUGAUCGUCAUUCUACAGCCGGUAGAGUCUUCCGCUUGGAGGAGGAGGCAACCAAAGUCACCAUCGAUAUCAUCGGAAAGGUGGCUUGCGAUCACGACUUCAAAACAUUGACUGCUGACAAUCGUUAUCUAAAUGCUAUGCGAAAGUCUCUCGGCUGGAUGCCUGACACACAAUCCCUGAACCCGUUUCACUGGUACAAUCCGCUACGCUCCAUCUUCUGGAAGUACUACAAAUAUCAUAUGGACUGGUACUUGGGCAAAGUCUUGGACGAACGCUUUGUUACCCGAGAAGCAAAUAGACAGAUGAAUACGAGGAAGAAGUCCGGGAUCGAUCUUGCACUCGAAGCAUGGGUCAACACAAGCGGACAGCCUGCUAGCUCUGCGACAGCAACAAUGGAUGCAGAAUUUCGUAAAUACGCCAUCGACCAACUGCAUACCUUGCUCUUCGCAGGGCACGAUACCACUGCAUCGACCCUUUGCUACUGCUACUACCUGCUUUCCAAGCACCCACAAGCCUUGUUGAAGAUGCGACAAGAGCUUGACGAGGUUUUCGGCAAUGGCGUUAGCGCUGGCGAGAAGCUGAAGCAGAGCCCCUAUCUCAUAAACAAAUGCGACUACACCCUCGCCGUCGUCAAAGAAACGCUCCGUCUCUUUACUCCCGGAUCCACCGUCCGCCGCGGUCGCAAAGACUGCUUCAUUCGCGAUCCGACCUCCGGGAGCAUGCUCCCCACUGAAGGCUACUUGGUUUGGAUCCCCUCUUUUUCCAUGCACCGCGAUCCAUGUUACUGGUCAGACCCCCAUGCCUUCUGUCCCGAGCGCUUCCUUCCCGGAAACAUCGACAAACUCGUUGCUGGGGCCUUUAGGCCAUUCGAGAAAGGCCCGCGCAAUUGCAUUGGACAGGAACUCGCGUUGAUGGAACUGAGAAUUAUUCUUGCAUGCACGAUGAGAGAGUUUGAUGUAAGCGCUGCUUACGAUGAGCUCCAGACGCUAAGUGGUGAUGGUAGUUUGUGGGCCAAGGAGAAAGCUUUUAGGGCCGGUCCGCAGGAGUGUUUUGGAGACGAAGCAUAUCAAGUGUUGCUGGCGGCUGCGAAACCAAGAGAGGGGAUGCCAGUAAGGAUCACUAGGAGAACUAUGCAUGCUGUUACUUAA